AUGUCCGUCCUCGUAGCAGCUCCCGUGGCGCUGCUGGCACAGGGCUACAACGCCAUCUUCUUGGACGACAUCGAUAGGGACACCCUCCACGGCGCCUUCAACAUCCCCAUCGAAGGUCCCCAUCCGAAGAAGAUCAACUACGCCUUAAACAAGUAUGAUCUCGUCCUCAUGGAUGAGGCCUCCAUGAACUCUCCACAAAUCUUCCAAACCAUGGCAUCCACAUUUAAUCGUCUAAACACAUGUCCCGUCAUGGUACUAGCAGGCGAUGAAUGCAAACAGCCUUUGCAGACCAUCAACGGACGCAUCACCUCCACAACGUCAAUUAUCAAUGAUCACACGUUUUCAUCCUCUAACGCAGUCAUCCAUACCCUGUACCAGCAGUUCCAUGUCAUCAACCCAGAGUAUGCGAGAUUUUGAAGGCCGAAGUCAAAUCGUCGGCACACCAAAUCUGUACUUGUUUGGCCUGUGGGAUUCUUGUUACUUACUGGUGACUGGUGACUAUUAGUUACCAGUCUUCCAUAUAUGCAUCGGUUUUUUUACCGUAGCUUCGCCUGUAACUUUCCGCCAUUUCGUUUUUGUCAUGUUGUGAGAAGGUGUGAGGCGAGUUUGGCAAUAUUGGAAAAAAUGUCAGCGAGGAGUCAAAGAUUUGAACCCCAGGAAGUUCUAGAAAUGAUCUCGAAUGAUUCUGGGGACGAAGAAGAUUUAGACAGCGAGGAAAAGUCUGAAAGCGAAGUUGAAUCAUCUGAAUUAACAAGUGAAGACGAAAGUGACGAGUCAGUUGACUCCUUUUCAUCGAACGAGGGCGAUAAUGUUUAAGAUUCUGAACAAAACAGCGGUGAUGAAGCUUCUGAUGGCAGAGAUGAUGGGAAUCGGGUAAACCGUGUAAGGCAAAGGCCAGCAAGAAGACAACAACAAGUUCCCCUUGUUUGGCAAAUGGCACAUGGGACAAUACCGCGUGACAUUCCAUUCACAGGAAAUCCUGGCGUACAAGUACAGACUUUAGGGUUUGAACCGUAUCACUAUUUUGCCCUAUUUAUCAAUGAUGACUUGCUUAAUUGUUUUAUUACAGAAUCUAAUCGCUAUGCCAACGAUUUUAUAGCUGAGGGAAAUCUCAGAAGAAGGUUUCGUGCAAACGAUUGGUUCCCAACUAACAAAAAAGAAAUCAAAGAAUUCCUGGGAUUGCUUUUUUUGAUGGUUGUAAAAUCGCAAGUUCUAAUCCGUGCUAUUGAUUACGCUAUUCGCCAUGAGCUCUCAGUGUUAGUUGCUGCCCCUGUAGCCUUGCUGGCCCAAGGCUACAAUUCCAUAUUUUAUGACGAGGUCACGACGGACACUCUCCAUGGUGCUUUCAGCAUCCCCAUAGACGGCCCUCUGCCCAAUGAGAUCAACCAUACCAUGAACCAGUAUGACAUGAUUGUUGUGGACGAGGCCUCCAUGAUCUCGGCACCCAUCUUUGGAGUCAUGGCAUCUACAUUCAAUCGCGUCAAUCUUCGUCCCGUUGUGGUCCUGGCAGGUGAUAAGUGUCAACAGCAACCUCUCCAGACCGUCAACGGGCGUAUCACAUCCACCACUUCCAUCAUAAACGACAACACCACCUUCACGUCAAACAAUGCAGUCAUCCAUCGCUUACACCAGCAGUUCAGAAUCGUCGAUGCCGAAUAUGCCGCUUUUCUGGAUCUCAUCCGCUUCAUACGGCCCACUCAGGAGCAGGUGGACAGAAUGCAACAGGGAAUAGUUCUUUGCCCGGAAGGUGACCUGACAGACCGACAAAUCUGGACAGCCUUCCAGACCCAUACUAACACCUCCGUGAUGACAGUCUCCCGCAAAGGAGCCCAACGCAUUAACAGCAUCGUCGUUGGCCAACUCUUUAAGGGACGCCCGCUUACCAACAUCCCCUGCGCCUCUGUUGCGGACUCGGACCCCAUCUACCCGUACCGUAACAUGCGUGUCAUCUUCAUGGAGAACCGCGACAAAGCUGCCCGUGUGGUGAACGGUCAACAGGCGACCAUAAUCUCAUCUCAGAAUAACACAAUCAUUCUCCGUUUGCCUGAGGGACAACAGGUUUUUGUAUACCCGGUGACACAUAUUGAGGAUGAC